AUGCAAGAAGAAAUAUCAAAUGGACAGAAUAUACUACGUGGAAAUAUUCGAAGACAGCCAAAUAAUCAACAGAGAUCAAGAUUUGUUAAUGGACGGAAUCGGAACAAUAACGUGAUAAAUCGCAAUGAUCUCAAGAGCCAGAAUAACCCUGGAGGUCAACGACCAACAUUGAUUAACCAGCUUAGAACCUCACCACAGAUCAGUGGAACUUCAAGACAAAACAAUAGAGGAAUAAUACAAAACAGUGGCAGGAUAGCACAGAACAGUGGUCGAAUAUCACAGACCAGUGGUCGAAUAUCACAAAACAGUGGUCAGAUAACACAAAACAACGGUCGGAUAGCACAGAGCAGUGGUCGGAUAGCACAGAACAAUGCACAAAACAAUGGUCGGAUAACGCAACACCGUGGUGAAUUGCGACAAAAUAUUAGACAGUUUAGGCAGGAUGGCGGUGGGGUGGGUCGGACCGGUGCUCGGACAUCACAGAUCAACACACGUCUAAACGCUGGUCGGGUAAGACAAAAUAAUCUUCUACAAGGCAGUGACGUUCACCAGCAAAGAAAUGGUCGAGUAUCAGAUAACUACAGCCAACUCCAGAGGCUUGCGCCGUCAUUGCAACAAACACAAUAUAACAAUCGGAUAUCGCAACGCGGAAAUCGAAUACAACAGAGUCUGGUUAAUCCAAAUGUUCAACGUCAAAAUAAUAGUAGAUUGUUGCUUUUAAAUAAUGAACAGAAGACUUUAGAAGUUAACGAACAAUUUAAGAGAAAUCAAAUUGCACGAGGAAGUGAGGGACAGAACUUGAGGUCGUUCCCUUCAGUGAAUAUGCUACAAAAUCCUUCUCCGAAACAAGGAGGGAUCAAUAGCUCACAUGAUUCCAGGCCCAAUAAUAUUAAUUCAAGACAACGUACUAUGAUGCAUGCUCUAAGAGUUCUACCUGCAAUCAACCAAAUUACUUCAAACAGAAACGCCAGAAACAAUUUACAACAAAUCAGUAAUAAUAGGGGUUUAAAAGGUGAUAGUGAGGGGUUGGUCGAAAAUGCAUCCCCCAGACAAAAAAUUGGAUUAAUAAACCAACUUGGAGGACGGAGGAAAAAUCAAAAGAGGGACGAAAAGAAAAGGCUACGGUCACAACGACCACAGAUGGUUAACCGUAUUCUUGGAAGAAACAUAAAUCAACAAUUGAACAGCGAACAACACGUUUCUAACAGAAAUGAAAAUGUGUUACCCUAUGUCAACCAAAUAAAUAGAAACCAGUUUCAGAAUGCCCGACAAUCACAUCAUGUAAACCAAAUAAAUACAGACCAAUAUCAGAAUAAACAGCAGAUUAAUCAACAUACAUCACGAGGCAUUAAUAAUCUCACCCCAGAUUCACCCCAGAAUGGAUUACGCAAGCAGGGUUCAGAUCAAUUGCCUCUUCGACAGAGUUUUCCCCUGAACACAUUGCAGGAACCUCAAAUAAGUCAACCAAACGACUUGAUCGAACUGACACCAAAUGACAGGUUCUUCCCUGGCUCACCAUCGUCGCUAAACAGAACAGUUAAACAGUCCACAGGAAAUGGCCAAUCGCUUCUGGUUAAUGAUGUAGGAAACAUUCUACUUUCACACCCUCUUGGCGACAGUGGGACUGAGGUGAAGACAUCGAAAGAAAAACAACUGAAAAACGAAGAAAUUAAGUCGCAAAGAGAGAUAAAUCCCCGGAGACUGCGCAACCAUCCGCGACUUAAAAUUCUUCCUGCAGGUCAAGCUACAAACGUACGGCAAAGAAGAUUGCGGUAUCGGCUUAGAACGAGACUUAAUUCAAGAUAUCCUUCGAUAAGGUCAUCUCCGAGAAUCCAACAAAGAGGGUCAACCAGCUAUAGAUUUGGUAUGACCGAAGUCAUAACUACUUCAAAGCCAAGUGAAUGGCAAGGAAUAACACUGAAUCCAGAUUUUCACAACCAUAUGAGUAAUUUAGGACACAGUGUUGUUAGUAAUGUUGACUAUAUUACAGAUACUCUAACUGCUGCUGCUGACCAAAACAAGAUCUUUCAAAAUAACAAUGACACAGAUGACAGACUGGGAAAAAGCAAACCUCAACCAUUUCAAAGACGUCCUAUUCCACAUCCUAAUCUGACUGAGAGGCAAAUUACAAUGCAAGAAAGUUUUAAAGAACCGACUUCACCCAUAGAUAUGAUGUCCCUGCAAGAAACUGACAUGCUAAGCCAAGAAGUAAACGAUACAUUAGCUACAAUUAUGACAACUAGCAAAGUUUCCGACCGAAUAACAGAUAGUUUGAAAAACAGGACAACCAAGAGCAAUAUUGAAAUAACUACCACAUGGCCUAUAUUUUCAGAUGAGGUUAUUCUUAGAAAAACAGAGGGGCACGGUACUCAUCCUACAUCUCCAUCAAUUAACAUGAGGGUUGAGGAAUCAUCUAAUGAUAUUGCCACUCCCUAUACCGCCGAGGGUUUGGGUAUUUCAUCUAUUAAAUCACAAAAAUCUAAGAGUAAAAAGCCGAAUGUUCCUAAAUACAUUAAGAAAGCUAGUGGAAAACAUUCCAUACCAUCUGAAAGGUUAAAUAAACAAGAACCUAACUUGAAAAAUAUCAAUAAACCUGCUUCAAGUGAUAUUCCGUGGAUAUGGCCAGAUUUCCCAGCCUAUGAUUCAGAUCACAACCCCUUUGAUGAAAUACAGAAAAUGAUGCCUUCCACAACAAUUCCAACGACAAAGGCUUGGACAACAACACCGAUGACGACAACAGAGAAACCAUUCUACAAAAUCUUAGAUUUUAAUCCUUUUAAAGAUACCAAAGUUAGGGAGAAUUCAAAAGGUAAAUCGAAUAUUCUAACUGAUUUCUUAUGGGAAAACCCCAUGGAAAGAUUGAAUUCUCUCACCAACAAUUUUGAUAUGUACAAACAGUUGGCAGCCGUCAAUAAUGAUUUCGGCCUCACACCAAAUGCAUUUUCUACUGACAAAACUCGCAUCCCACCUCCACCAGCAUUUAAACCACCAGUAGUCCACAAGAAAAAGACAGAAAUGCCGAAACUGCAAGAAUCCAAAUAUUCAACAUUUGGAAACAUCUACCUAACCGGUGGAAGCACAGGCGUGAAGAUUAAAACUAUUGAUGUGAGUUCUCUUAUGAAGAAAACAACCAAAUCAACCGUAUCCAUAGAUACCAAAGUAGCCAAACCUAAGGUACCAGCACCAUCUCGGAACAUCAAGAAAGACAAUAUUUCGCAAUUUCCAAAGAUAGUUGAUAUUCUAGAGAGAACCAAAGCUACUACUACAAAUGGACCGACAACUCGUUAUCCAACCACAAUUAUUACCACAUCUUCUCCAAAACCAGCUAUUGUUGUUACGACAUCCAAACCACUAACUACCCAACCUACAACUAGAAUAACUACAAGAUCAAUGACAACAAUGAAGCCUACAACUGCAAAACCAACCUCUAAACUGAUCACAACUACAAGACAAUUAACAACACCAACUAUUUCAACACUAUUACCAACGACUCAAAUAGUUAAUAUGACACAACACGAAGAAAAUGUAAAAGCAGAAUUGGCUAAAAUGAACGAAAUAAUCAGGGAAUCUCUUAUGACUGGUUUUAUUAGAACUGGAUUGCAAGGAAUUACAUCUUCUAGAGGAAAGAAUAUCCGAACAGAUGAGAUCGGUAUUCUGACUAUGAGGACACCAGAAGUAACAUUCAACCCUACUACAAGACAACCUUCUACACUGGCAACAGAAAAGACUAAUUCUCAACCAUUUAUUGGUAUCACUGAACAACCAAGAUACAACCAUGAUUUGAAAUUAUCUGCAAAUUAUAUCCCAAGUUUAGUUCACAGCACCAUAGAUAUGAUGACAGAAAACGCAAAACCUUCCAAUACCACACUAUCGCACAAUCACAAAGGUCACAAAAAUUCAAACAAACACAACCAAAUUAUUAUGAAACAACCGCAAAUAGUUACUGAAACAAGCUCUCCUGCGAUAUCAAAAUACCAAAAUGCAACAACAGUUGUAAAGGCCACGAAGACUUCUAAAGAUGCCGUACUUCCCACGACCACCACCAAACAAUCUUUCAACAAAUCUGAAAUCAUUCAGGAAGUACAGGAGGAAUUGUUGAAAAAUAGUACGUAUGUAGAUGCACUUGUAGAAAACUAUAUUUUCAGACACCUCAUAUCACCUCAAGAAGACCCACUUUCUGCUCUACUUGGGCCACAUGGUCAACUACCAUCGGUAAAUCUUCAAUCAUUCGGCAUAUCGAGUAAGAAUAUUCAAGCUAAUGCGGUGGGGUCAAAGACUGUAGAUAUACCACAAACAACAGAAACUUAUAUAACAUCGAGUUCAUUGCAAAACACCAACUCUUAUAGAUAUGACAACCGUACAGAUCAAAAUAGAACACAGAACAAAGUCUUUGUGAAUAGGUUUACUACACUAAGUCAUAAGAUGUAUACCACGGAACCAACUCACGCGCCUACUUCACAAUCAGUAGCAAGUACACUGUCUUCAAAACUGACCACAAUAUCUGACAUAGAUAGGGACAUUUACAGGUUACUUUCUCAAGACAUAAACUCCUUUAUGAAAAUGCUCCAAACAACACCAACAUCAACUGUCAAACCUACCACAACAACUGUUAAACCAACCACAACAACUGUCAAGCCUACCACAACAACUUUCAAACCUAACACAUCUGUCAAGCCUACCACGACAAUUGUCAAACCUAACACAACUACUAUCGAGCAUACCACAACAACUGUCAAACCUACCACAACAACUGUCAAACCUACCACAACAGCUGUUAAACCUACCACAACAUCUGUUAAAUCAACUACAAUAACUGUUAAACCAACUAUAAUAACUGUUAAACCUACCACAACAACUGUUAAACCUACCACAACAACUGCCAAAUCUACACCAACAACUGUCAAACCAAUUACAACAACUGCCAAACCUACCACAACAACUGUCAAACCUACAACUGCCAAGCCAACCACAACAACUGUAAAACCUACCACAACAACUUUAAUGCCAACAACUGUCAAACCUACCAUAACAACAAUCAAACCUACAACAGUUAAACUAACUACGACAGCCAAACUUACCACAAGUACACUCAAACCAAUUACAUCAUCUAAAACAACGAUAACACUACUCAAUAUAACCCAUAGCCAAAGGUCAACAAAGAAAACUACGAGCACGGCAAAGCCAGAAAUUCGACCCACAACAACCACUUCUGAAAAUGAAAUUGUUAAAGAGGAAAAGCUUUUCAACAAGUUAAAGUCAUUAAUUCAAAACUUAUUUUCAUCAAUUUCUACAGAGCCCGGAGUAACAACUAAACCCGAUUCUGAGAAACAUACCUUUAGGCCAACAACAACAAGAAUGACAACCAUUUCAGAAACCAGUACUCCCUCUGUUGUUUCAACUACGAACCAAUAUCAAAAGGAAAAUACCAUAACCUUUACCGAAAGAACAACCUUAAUACCAACUACUAGCACUACAGAAUCACCAGAGAGCAGUUCAACGAUCCGUACAACCACAAACCCUACAACUGAAAAGACUGUUCAGACAACUACAACAAGACCAACCGUUCAUUCUGAUGAAGCUCUUUACAAGAAACUCUAUGAUGAUCUGUUUUCAAAAAUGUUUGCAAAUUCACACAAUCCACCAAUGCAUCAUCCAUUCAUUCCAGGUUCUCCUUGGCAUAUUCAAGGCCGGAAUAAUGUUCCAUCACAAUUCUUGUCACCUCAGUUUCAUUUUAAUGGACAACAAGUUCCAUAUCCAACUGACUUCAACUCUUGGACAGCCAUGCAUCAUCCUGGCUUACUAGCUAGAGGAAUUUCACCAAAUAAUUUCUGGGAUAGAUCAAUGAAUCAAAAUCCAUUUCAUACAUCGAACAGAGCUUUAGGUCGUAGUUCAUUUGAUACAUCUUCCACUUUUGAACAGAAAAUAAACCCCAUGUCAAAUAACAUCCCACCCAAUAUUGCAAAUUUAGAAAACCAAAAUAUACUCAACAACAAAUCUAAAAGUAAAACUAAUCCAUCUCCGGACGUCAAGACUCUCGUUUCUGUACAGCAAAGCAAUUUGGCCAACACACAAAAUGAUAAAUAUAUUUUUACUACAUCCAAAACCAGACCAGUAAUAAAAUCUUCAGUUCUUCAGAAAUCUCAUGCUUCAUCAUAUUUAAAAAGUGUUACCUCCCCAGUCACUCCACUGACGGCACAACAAACAGUUACCACGGUUCCAAUACAUAAUAAAAGACUUAAGAUCCAAAAGCUGGAAUUUAAAACUACUACUGCUUCUUCGACGAAUAAAAAAGGUCACACCAAACCAGACAAUUCCAACUCAAUCACUAAUGACCAUAUAGUUAAACAAGACGACCAAGAUCCGAUGUCGAAACACAAAUAUGAUAAGAUCGUUGCUCCUCGUGAACACACAGUUCAACUAACCAACAAACCAAAGCAGAAAUUUCAAUAUACGACAAGUGGACAUACAACCGUCCGUCAAGACAUGUCGCCAGUGAAACUGACUAGCACUACGGAUGCAGUUUUCUUGUCGGAUGGAGAAAUCAUAUAUACAACUGAACCCUCUAUUGACGUCACAACCACAGACAAUCCAUAUGAAACCAAUACCAUUGAAAGUUCGUUUGAGGCAGAAACAACAGAGCAACCACGUGUUGUAAGCUCUACGCAAUCUAUUGCUGUUAGUCCGGAAAUUAAAACAACAACAGAAGACCCUUCCCAGUCUUUUCAACUCAGGGAAAGUACUAUAGAUGGUUCCUUAAGUGAUCACACAACGUCAUACGCUUUAAAAAUCAAUCAAAAGGAUACAUCUAUCACAGCUAAUCCUACUGUAGAACCAUCGAAGAUGGGUGUGCGAGGUCACCACCAAAAUGCUAAACACGAUUCUCUUACAAAGCAUCAUCAACAUCAUCUUCCAGAUCUGUCUCAGGAUACUAUCUCUUCUACUCAAAAUCGUGACAAUGCGUUGAGUAAUGAAGUGUCUGAUCUUGCUCUGAUUAACCAGAUGAUCAGAAGUUUGAUUGGAACUAAUGAGACUUUUGAUGGAUUGUUACAAUCAGAACCAAAUGUAACUCGUAGUAAUACAGGUGAGGUUCUCUCUUCGCAUUCUGAACCAGAAAAUCGGCUUGUUAACCAAACAGUUCAAAGACAAAACGCAGAUGGUUCAAUUAAUCAAUUAAGAAUGGUAACAACAACUCCCGAAACAGGAAAAAACCGAUUUGGCAAACCUCCGUCUAAUCCAUUCAUCUUUAAUCAUCUUCCUAAUCGCCAAGAUACACGAAAUAGUCUACAAUUCAUGACAACUACUACAGCACCGACACCGAGACCCAACCCAUUUUUACGGCAUGUGCCAAGCAUUAAUCCGAAAUUUGCCUUUGUACCACAUAAUAGUAUACACAAGGCUCCUCCACAACCAGGCCAGAGAAAAAACCCAUUUUUAAAUAGAGCACCCACAAUUAAUCCACUAUUUUCAUUCAACAAAAGACCUGAAGAAAACUCAAUAAUUCCUUCAAAACAAAACAUUGUCACAAAAGAUGCAAUUAUGAAAAAAUUUAUGGAAAAGAAAGUAAUACAUUCACAUGACUCUCAACUAGUUCCUGAUGAAACUGGUUCUAUGGGAAAUCAUGUUCCCAAUAACUCUACAUCAAUUCUUCAAAAGGUGCUGAUGAAAACUUUAGUUGAACUAGACAAAAGUCGAGUGGAUCCUAUGAAAAGCGUUCGCAGAGGACACAGUUUCGCGGAUAGCCCCCCUAUCCAGGUUUCAACCAGGAUUACUACAACUACGACCAACCCACCAGUAGAAGAGGGUGGAGCUACGACAGAAGAACCUGGAGACUUAACAACUAUGAACCUUCAAGAUAUCGAGAUUGGUGAUAUACAACCAACUUUUCCGCCAAAUUCUACCGUGCCACCAGGCGGUGAAUGGGAGGAAUACUAUUACUAUUACUGA